GGGGGCAGUGGAUCCCCAUCCCUGGAGCUGUGCCCUUGGGGACGUGGCUUGUUGGUGACCUCGGCUUUGGCUCAGUGCUCCAGGAGAGCUUUUCCAACGUGAACAAUUCCACGAUUCCCCCUCAGGACAAGGUGCAGCUGCUCCUGUGCAUCAUCCCUGGUGGCAGGGACGACGUCUACGGGGCCAUCAAGAAGCUUUGCUGUGUGCAGAGCCCUGUGCCCUCCCAGGUCAUCAAUGCCCAGUCCCUCAUGGGCCACCCUGGCAAGAUCAGGAGCGUGGUGCAGAAAGUUCUGCUGCAGAUCAACUGCAAGCUGGGCGGGCAGCUCUGGGGGGUUGAUAUCCCACUGAAGCAGCUGAUGGUGGUGGGCAUGGACAUCCACCACAGCAGGAGCCACGGCAUGCGCUCUGUCAUCGGCUUCGUGGCCAGCAUGAACCACAUCCUCACCAAGUGGUACUCCAGGGUGGUUUUCCAGAUGCCCCACCAGGAAAUCGCCGACAGCCUCCGGCUCUGCCUCUCCCAAGCCCUCAAACGAUUCUACGAGCUGAACCAUUCCCUGCCCAUGAAGAUCGUGGUGUACCGGGAUGGGGUGUCCGACCCUCAGCUGGACACUGUGCUCAAGUACGAGGUGCCCCAGCUCCAGAAGAGCUUCCACACCUUCCAAAAUUACCAGCCCAGCCUCGUGGUCGUGGUGGUGCAGAAGCAGCUGAGCACCAACUUCUACUGCCUGACAGGAGAGGAGUUUGUGUCCCCUCCCCUGGGCACCGUCAUCGACCACGGCGU